AUUUAUUUAAUAAAAGUUAAAUAAUUUAGGUUAGCCGUGCGUAUUCCUCUUCUCAGUUUCUCUUCCUCGCGCGCCGUCCGUCUCCCUCUUCUCAGGCGCCGUCCAUUUCCCUCUUCUUAGCAGCCGUCCGUCUCCCUCCCGGCUUUCUCCCACCGAUACUCCUUCCGAAGGCCAUUCUAACAGCUUGGUUAGCUGACAUUUUGCACACCCAUAAAAUCUAUUGGCUUGUGAGUCUGUGACCUUCGGGUGUAAAAGCCCUGGAUCUUCUUCUACCUUUGAAAGAUAUCCAACAAUAACAGCACAACAUCCAAGUUUAUUCAAGAGAACAUGGAAGAAAAUGAUAUAUGAAAUCUUGCCUUCAUCUUUAGUUAGAUGAAAUUGAUGUACUUGGAUAAUUUGUGCCUCUGUAAAUAAGAGUAUUUAGUGAGAAUACAAGAUUACUCUAGGCUGCAGCGGCACAGGGCACAAAUAAUCUAAAAUAUCAUAAAAGAGUUGAUAAAAUGGGAUCGAAGAGGCGGAGCAAUAGUCUUCUAGAUGAGGAAGAAUUGGGUCCAGAUUUAAAGAGGCAUAAAUUGCUUGGGGAGGUGUCACCUUCUUCUUCUCCACCUGCCUCAGAGAAUCCUCAGCUUCCGGGAUUUAACUAUGGCGAUGAUGAUGAAGAAGAAGAUUUCAAAUUUAAACAAAAUGGAAGUAAAUAUGAUGGAGAUGAAGGGGAUUACAAUGAUGAUGAGGAAGAUGAUGAAGAAUACGAUAAUAAUGGAAAUCAAGUUAAGCGAAGUCGUGAUGUUGAAGUUCGAAAAGAUUGUCCUUAUCUUGAUACUGUAAACCGUCAGGUUUUGGAUUUUGAUUUUGAGAAGUUUUGCUCUGUCUCUCUGUCAAAUCUUAAUGUUUAUGCCUGCCUGGUAUGUGGUAAAUACUAUCAAGGGAGGGGGAAGAAGUCUCAUGCUUACACUCAUAGUCUUGAAGCUGGACAUCAUGUGUAUAUCAACCUUCGGACAGAGAAAGUUUACUGCCUUCCCGAUGGAUAUGAGAUUAAUGACCCCUCAUUAGAUGAUAUUCGAUAUGUCCUGAAUCCAAGGUUUGCCAAGGAGCAGGUGGAGCAGCUUGACAAGAACAAGCAGUGGUCUAGGGCACUCGAUGGUUCUGAUUACCUUCCUGGAAUGGUGGGGCUUAACAACAUUAAAGAAACUGAUUUUGUAAAUGUAACAAUUCAGUCCUUAAUGAGAGUUACACCACUCAGAAACUUCUUCCUAAUACCUGCGAACUAUCAGCACUGCAGAUCUCCACUUGUUCACCGGUUUGGCGAACUCACACGUAAGAUUUGGCAUGCAAGAAACUUCAAGGGACAGGUAAGCCCGCAUGAAUUCCUGCAAGCCGUUAUGAAGGCUAGUAAAAAACGUUUUCGAAUAGGUGCACAGUCAGAUCCCGUUGAGUUUAUGUCAUGGUUUCUUAACACACUUCAUUCAGAACUGCGAAUUACAAAGAAAAGUAGCAGUAUAAUCUACGAGUGUUUUCAGGGGGAAUUGGAGGUUGUGAAAGAGAUUCACUCCAAAGCUCUCAUUGAGAAGAAAGAAAAUGGUGAGGAGCAGGAUGCUGGAACUGAAGGUAGCAGUGUGGCAAUGGAAACUUCAAGAAUGCCAUUCUUAAUGCUUGGAUUGGAUCUACCGCCGCCACCUCUUUUCAAAGAUGUUAUGGAGAAAAAUAUAAUACCACAGGUUCCACUCUUCAACAUUUUGAAAAAAUUUGAUGGUGAAACUAUCACAGAAGUUGUACGGCCACGUAUAGCAAGGAUGCGUUACCGGGUUACUCGAUUGCCUCAGUACUUAAUUCUUCAUAUGCGGCGAUUUACGAAGAACAACUUUUUUGUGGAAAAGAAUCCCACAUUAGUGAAUUUUCCUGUCAAGAAUCUAGAAUUGAAGGAUUACAUCCCCUUGCCAACACCUAAAGAUAACGAUAAAUUGCGCUCAAAGUACGAUUUGAUUGCGAAUAUUGUUCAUGAUGGCAAACCCAAUGAAGGGUACUACAGGGUAUUUGUACAGAGGAAGUCGGAAGAAUUAUGGUACGAGAUGCAGGAUCUUCAUGUCUCAGAAACACUCCCUCAGAUGGUUGCUCUCUCUGAGGCUUAUAUGCAAAUAUAUGAACGACAACAAUAGAUAGGGCAUGUAACUACCAAAUUAGUUUUGUUAAUUUCUCCUCUAGACAAUAUGUACCUGGACUUGAACAGGAAAUGAGCAUGAGAAGCUUUGAUAUCCGCGUUAUAAAGGAAGCUUCCUACGACUAAUCUCUUUGUUGAUUGUAGAAUCAAUUGUCACAUUCAACGUAGUUUGGAAACUUGGACUUAGACUAUGCUGCUGUACACUGCUUUCUGGUGAAAUUUUGUUGCCUAAACUACUUUUCGGUUUCUGUAACGUAAUGAUAAUAUUUAGGGCUAUAAUUUUCAUCACUCUAAAUUUCUCUGCAAUCGGAUAACAUUUCUUUGUUUAGAGGAUUUGUAUUUGCAGAGAUUGUAAUGUGAAGCCAUAACUUCGACUCAGUAGUUUUGAGUUCAUACCGUUAUGAAGGCUUUUUUACUAUACA